AUGAAAUCAAGAAGCAACAUAAUAAGAGAAGUUAUGUAUUACCUACUUAAGAAGAAGUUUCAAAAUGAUUCUCUAAAUCGUUGGUUUAAUGAGCAUUCUGUUGCUAAAGGAUUGAAUUUACUUAAUAGAGAACAAUUUCCUGAUCUUUAUCUUAUAAUUGAUGGAAAAUUAAAAAGUUUACAAGAUGCUGGUAAAGGAGAAAUAAAAAAGAGUGAUGGAUUAGAAUAUGAAGAAGUUCAGGCUAUGCAUCAUCAGUUUUAUCAUGCAAAACUCCACAGGGAUUAUUAA